GCUGCUACAACACAGUUGCAAUAUCUAAACAAAUACAGCAUCCAAUUCACUCAUUCAGAUCAACAACAAGUGACGACGGUUACUUUUGAAUAACCUUAGUGAAAUUCACACAACUACAAGCACAAACAAAAUCAACAGCAUGUCAAGCCAAAUGAUCGCCAUUCUCUGUUUCGCCAUCUUUCUGAUCGCUGCUGCGCAUUCCAGCACCGCCAUGGCUAUGCCACCAUUCUGCCAGUCGGGUAUGGUGGAAGAUAUGCCACCACACAUUCAGAAGGUCUGCUCAGCACUCAACAAUUCGGAGCAGUUGGCUACAGCGCUCAAAUCGUAUCUGAAUAGUGAGGCUGCAGCCAUGUUGACCGAUCAGGCGCCACUGAAACGUUCCGAUGUUGAUCAUGUUUUCUUGCGUUUCGGCAAGAGGCGUUAAAUUCGAAACAUUACCGACGACCACCUCAAAACACAAAACCAACAAGAAUCGACCGUUUGGAGUACUCUUUGAUUUGCAACAACAAUAAUAGUCAUUAUCAUCUAACACUUCCACGCAUUCAAGCACGACCGCCAUGUGAAUAACCAACAAAGCCGAACGACCCGAUAGAUUAUACGAUAUAAUAAAAUUUAAUAAAAAAUAUAACCAUUUAUUGAAUUUUAUUAAUUUUUAUGUACAAAAAUACUUAAUCAAAGCAUGAAUAUCCUUAUAAAAUAAGUAGAUAUGUGUGGCAUAAUUUUAUGACAACACAAAUCAUUGCAACUGAAAACAUUUUUAAAUAAAUAUAAAAAAAAACUAAAAAUGUUGCAAAGCGCAAAAUUUAUAUAAUUAUUUUGUAUGUAUGUGCAAUACAAAUUGUCAAGUUGAUCUCUUUAUAUUCUGAUUUUUCUUUACAUCUGGAAUAUAUACUUAUAUGCGCAUGCAAACCGUAAAUGCAUGAAAGCUUGUAAAAAAAAAACAACAAAAAAAAUCAAAAACACAGUAUUUCUUAAAACCAAUUGUUGUUUUAGUUGGCUUGUAUAAUUCUUGUUAGGCAAAACAAAAAAAAAACACAAAAGGCCAAAACCACAAACAAUUCCUAUUGUACAUUUGAUAAAAAAUAUUGACUAUAAAUUAUAUUAUUUAAAUAAGUACCACGAGGGAGCGGAGACGUUGCAGCAAACAUCAAUAAAUGAACAAAUAAUAAAACAUAUAACUAUUUCUACGCACUAUGAAAAGGUAUCAGAUAUAAAUAUUUACUAAAAACAAUUUUUACAUUUAGCAUAUGAGUGCAUAAAUAAAGAAUAUAUUAUGUGUACAUACAUAUAAAUGCAAAGAAAUAUAAAAUUUGUAAAUGUAAUUUAUUUAAACGCAUCAAAAAUAUGUAUAAAAAAUUCAAUGCAGACCCGCAACUAAAGAUGUAUUUUGCAGCACUUACAAAAAUGUUAAGAACUUAUGGUUUUCAAUAAAGACAUUUUUUUCCUCUCG